CGAGAACGGAGGGGUAGCAGCAGUUCAACCCCAACAUCGGGGGUCGGCCCCUGUGGGGCUUCGCAGUGAUCCGGGCGGCUCCCCCGCGGGAUGAACCGCAGGGGAGCCCAGAGCAGCCCUCGCGAGUUUAAAUUAUAAGACCUAAUUAUGAGUGAUCAAAUCAAAUUCAUUGUGGACAAUCUCAAUAAGGAGCCUUUUAGGAAGAACUAUAACUUAAUCACAUUUGAUUCCCUGGAGCCAAUGCAACUAUUACAAGUUCUCAGUGAUGUUCUGGCUGAGAUUGACCCAAAGCAAGUUGUUGAUAUCAGAGAGGAGAUGCCAGAGCAGACAGCCAAAAGGAUGUUGAGCCUUCUCGGUAUCCUUAAAUACAGACCUCCAGGAAAUGCCACGGACAUGAGUAACUUUCGUCAGGGUCUGGUGAUUGGAAGUAAACCUGUAAUUUACCCAGUGCUCCACUGGCUUCUUCAGAGGACUAAUGAACUGAAGAAAAGAGCGUAUUUAGCUCGUUUUUUAAUAAAACUUGAGGUACCAAGUGAGUUUCUUCAGGAUGAAACCGUGGCUGAUACCAAUAAACAGUAUGAAGAUUUGAUGGAAGCCUUUAAAACUUUGCAUAAAGAAUGUGAGCAGCUCAAGACAUCUGGAUUUUCUACAGCAGAAAUAAGAAGGGAUAUCAGUGCAAUGGAGGAAGAAAAGGAUCAGCUCAUUAAGAGAGUUGAACGUUUGAAGAAAAGGGUGGAGACAGUUCAGAAUCAUCAACGGAUGCUUAAAAUAGCAAGGCAACUUCGAGUUGAGAAAGAGAGAGAAGAAUUUCUUGCACAACAGAAACAGGAACAAAAGAAUCAGCUAUUUCAUGCAGUGCAGAGACUGCAAAGAAUACAAAACCAGUUGAAAAGUAUGCGCCAUGCAGCAGCAGAUGCGAAGCCUGAAAGUUUAAUGAAGAGGCUAGAGGAGGAGAUAAAGUUUAAUUCAUAUAUGGUAACUGAAAAAUUUCCUAAAGAAUUAGAGAACAAGAAAAAAGAAUUGCAUUUUUUACAGAAAGUGGUUUCAGAGCCUGCUAUGGGUCAUUCUGAUCUUCUUGAACUUGAAUCUAAAAUAAAUGAAAUAAACACACAGAUCAGUCAGCUGAUUGAAAAGAAAAUGAUGAGAAAUGAGCCAAUUGAAGGCAAACUGUCACUAUAUAGGCAACAGGCAUCCAUCAUUUCUCGUAAAAAAGAAGCCAAAGCUGAGGAACUUCAGGAGGCAAAGGAGAAGUUAGCCAACCUAGAGAGAGAAGUGUCAGUGAAGACAAAUCAGACCCGUGAAUUUGAUGGCACCGAAGUUUUGAAGGGAGAUGAAUUCAAACGAUAUGUCAGUAAACUUCGAAGCAAGAGUACAGUUUUCAAAAAGAAGCAUCAGAUAAUAGCUGAAUUUAAAGCUGAAUUUGGUCUCUUGCAGAGGACAGAAGAACUUCUUAAGCAACGUCAUGAAAAUAUUCAACAUCAAUUGCAAACUAUUGAGGAGAAAAAGGGUAUAUCUGGAUAUAGUUACACCCAAGAAGAGCUAGAAAGAGUAUCCGCCCUGAAGAGUGAAGUUGAUGAAGUGAAAGGACGAACACUGGAUGACAUGUCUGAAAUGGUAAAAAGACUAAAUUCUCUGGUAUCUGAAAAGAAAUCAGCUCUAGCUCCAGUUAUAAAAGAACUACGACAAUUGCGUCAGAAAUGUCAAGAAUUAACCCAGGAGUGUGAUGAAAAGAAAUCCCAGUAUGAUAGCUGUGCAGCAGGCCUUGAAAGCAAUCGGUCCAAAUUAGAACAGGAAGUCAGAGGACUCCGUGAAGAAUGUCUUCAAGACGAAAGUAGAUACCAUUAUACAAAUUGUAUGAUUAAGAAUCUAGAAGUACAACUUUGUCGUGCUACUGAUGAAAUGAAGACAUAUGUCUCUUCUGAUCAACAAGAAAAAAGAAAGGCAAUUAGGGAACAGUAUACCAAAAAUAUUGCUGAACAGGAAAAUCUUGGAAAGAAACUCCGGGAAAAACAAAAAGCUGUACGAGAAAGUCAUGGUCCAAAUAUGAAACAAGUGAAAAUGUGGCGUGAUUUUGAACAAUUGAUGGAAUGUAAGAAACAGUGCUUUCUGAAACAACAAAGCCAAACUUCCAUUGGUCAGAAGUCUCAUGAAGCUAAAAUCAAGGUGUCGGCAAGGGUACGUUCCUCCUGGAGACUCUUGGGGAGAAUGCAGCUGCUUGUCUUUUCUGGCUUCUGGAGGCCACCUGCGUUCCUUGGCUUGUGGUCCUUCGACUGUCUUCCAGGAAUGGGCUUCAGCUAAUGAAAUAAUGGUGAUAUAGAAGCUAACAUUCAUCAAGACACUGAACUAAGCACUCUCCUUGAAUUAUCUCAUUUAAUUUCCACCUCAAACCCAUGAGGCAGACAUGACAGGAUCCCCAUUUAAAGGUUUGGAGAUGUCCUCGCGACGUCCCUGUGGAAGGAGCCAGUGGGGACUAUGUGCCAGACCCCCCUCAAUGUCACUUCGGUCUGAAUCAAAUUCUGCAAAGGGAGCUGGAACCCUCUCCCUGGGCCUGCCCGUUGUCAAGGUCCUGGUCACCUUUAAAGCCUCCUGUAGGGAUUCCCACUGCCAACGGAUCCUUUUCUGAAGCCCAGCACUGUGACAUUUUAGACUUGGAAAUCCCUAGACAAAUAUGUCUCACUUAAUCCUCACCACACUGGAGACUCUCACUUGGCCAAACUUAACAAGUACCACUAGUUCUUGCAGCAAACGUUCCCCGUGUUCCAGGCAUUGUGUUCAGGGCUGGGGAAAGGAUAAACAAGGUAAGGUCCCUGUCCUUGAGGAGCAACCAGCUAUUAGAAGAGACACAUGAAACAGGAGCUCCCCUCUCCCUCGAAAUGCCUCGUACCCAAUGUUCCUUUAACUUUCCCAGUCUCUCUAAGGCCCUGCUCUUUCACCAUUUACCAGUUCUAUAACUUUAGCUCAGUUGCUUGCUCUAAGCAUCAGGUUGCUCAUCUGUAAAAUGGGUUUGUUAAUAGUAUAUAUCUACCUUGUAGAGAUAUUAUGAGGAUUACAUGAAACCACUUCUUUGUAAGGCACAUAGGGCUAAAUAAAUGCUGGCUGUUACUAUUUUCCUCCUGAGAAUGAUGUUUGCCAGGAAGAGUGGUAAAAGCAGGGAGAGCUGGGUUUGAACCCCAGUUUCCCCACCCCACUGAUACUAUAUGCUUACGGGCAAAAAACUAUUCUCUCUGAGCAUCAGUUUCAUGGGUGAUAAUUUACUUAAUUAGAGUAAAUUAAUUGAUAUAUGUGAAAGUACCUCACACAUAGCAGGAGUUCAACACAUUAGCCCCUUGGAACUUCUUAAGUAUCUGAAGACCCUAAAGCUCCAGGGAUCCAGAAGAGACGCAGAAAGAUGCUAGCGCCUCCUUUAGGAAACGUCCCCCAUUCCCCUGGUUAAUCCUUAAAGCAUGACCCUCCCCUAUUUGGUUCUCGUUCAGCCAGAGAGGCUGCUCCGUGAUCAACUGUGUCCCUCCCUCUGUGCUCUGUGCUUCUGUACUAAGUACCUGGAGGCCCUUGUCCUGUCCACACUCAGGCAUCACUUGGCCAAGAUAUCCAUUGAGCUCCUCUAAUCUUUCCCCACAACUCAGUCUCCCCCUCUCCUCA